AUGGCCACUCUCACACUACAUCUGGUCUACAAUCUAUCCAAUAUACAUCUUACACACUCUUUUCAAUAUGCACAAGGUUCUUUCCGUUUGUCUGGAAAGAAACAAGAAGAAGAAGAUAAAAUAUUCACCGAGCAAGUUUUGGCUUGUCCUCGUUUUCAACUGGCUUCUUAUUCCGUUUCUACGUCUCUCUGUGUUGUUCUUCAGGGUUCUGCAUACAUAACAUCCGUCGUGUAUUUCUCGCCCCCCACACUCUUAAAAAACUUUUAUUAUACACGACUUGAGCCUGUUUUCUCUUCGGUUUUGAUUCUUUGUUUGCUUGGUUUGUGUGAUCUUCGAUGUUUCCCUCUCUUUUUUUUAGGUUGA